AUGACUGAGGCACUUGUGUCUUUUGGAGUGGAGAAACUUUGGGAGAUCUUGAGUCGAGAACCUGGGCGACUGCUAGGAGUUCAUGAGCAAGUUGAUGAAUUAAAACGUGAGAUGAGAACUUUACAAUCAUUGUUGAAAGAUGCAGAUGCUAAGAAAUCUGAGAGUAAUAUUGUGAGAAACUUCUUGGAAGAUGUCAAGGACAUUGUUUUUGAUGCUGAGGAUAUCAUCGAAUCCUUUUUCCUAAAAGGAAUAAAGGAGAAAGGGAUCAAAAAGCGUGUGAAAAGACUUUCUUGCUUCUUAGUGGAUCGCCGGAAAUUUGCUUCAGAUAUUGAAGGCAUCACUAAGAGAAUCUGUGAGGUGAUUGUGCGAAUGGAGAGGUUUGGCAUAAAAAUUAUUGAUGGUGGCCGUUCAUUGUCGUUGCAAGAAAGACAAAGGGUGCAAAGAGAGAUCCGACAAACAUUUCCCAAUAGUUCUGAAAUGGAUCUUGUGGGUGUUGAAGAGAGUGUUGAAAAGUUGGUUGAUCAUUUGGUGAAGGAUGAUAAGAUUCAAAUGGUUUCUAUAUCGGGGAUGGGUGGUAUUGGUAAAACGACGCUUGCUAGACAAGUUUUCCAUCAUGACAUUAUCAGACGUCAUUUUGAUGGAUUUGCAUGGGUGUGUGUUUCCCAAGAGUUUACGCAAGAGAAUGUUUGGCAAAGGAUCUUGCAAGAUCUUAGACCAAAUGAUGAAGGAAUAAAACAAAUGGAUAAGGGUACACUCCAGCGUUCGAAGAUGAUAAUAACUUCUCGCAAUGAAGGUGUUGGUUCACAUGCAGAUCCAACAUGUUUCCCCUUUAAACCAAGAAUCCUUACUUCCGAAGAAAGCUGGAAGCUAUGUGAGAGCAUAGUAUUCCGUAAUAGACACGAAACAGAGUUAAGGGUUGAUGAAGAACUAGAAGGCAUGGGUAAGAAAUUGGUCACAUACUGUGGAGGACUCCCAUUAGCCCUUAGAGUGUUGGGAGGCUUGUUAGCUAAGAAAUAUACACUUUCAGAGUGGCAAAGAGUAUACGAGAAUAUUCAAACUCCGAUCGUCGGAAAAUCUGUUUUGGAUGACAACAAUCUCGAUUCGGUUCACCGAGUAUUGUCUCUGAGCUAUGAAGAUUUGCCAAUGCAGUUAAAGCAUUGCUUCCUUUACCUAGCCCAUUUCCCUGAAGACUCGGAGAUACAUGUGGUGAAAUUGUUCCCUUUAUGGGCUGCAGAGGGAAUAAUAACUUUAGGUUGUGAUGGAGAAACAAUUAAAAAAAGUGGAGAAGACUAUCUAGAAGAGCUAGUGAGAAGAAAUAUGGUUAUUGCUGGAGAAAACUAUUCGAGUAACUAUUCGAGUAAUGGAAGUCGUGAUUAUUGUCAAAUGCAUGACAUGAUGAGAGAAAUGUGCUUAUCUAAAGCCAAAGAAGAAAACUUUCUUCAGGUCUUGGAGGUCCCUACUUCCACCUCUACUACCAAUGCUCAAAAUCCUAGUAGAGCUCGAAGACUCGUUGUACAUACUGAUAGUGGUAAUGCACUUCAUAUGUUGGGACGGAAAAACCAUAAAAAAUGCAGAUCUGUUUUGUGCUUUGAUGCUGAGGGAAACUUGUGGAAGCCGUCAGCUCCAGUUUUCCGAAGUUUACCAUUACUCAGGGUGCUAGAUCUCGAGAAUGCCAAGUUUGAAGGAGGGAAGUUACCUUCCAGCAUUGGAGAGCUCAUUCACUUGAGAUUCUUGAGCUUAGUUGAAUCUACAGUAUCUCAUCUGCCUUACUCUCUGGGGAAUCUAAAGCUUCUGAUCUACCUCAACUUAUUUGUAGACGUUGGUGAGGUAGUUUGUGUGCCAAAUGUUCUGAAAGAGAUGCGAGAGUUAAGGUACCUUAUCUUACCUAAUUCUAUGGAUGAUAAAACAAAGUUGGAAUUGGGUGAUCUCGUGAAUCUGGAGAUUCUUUGGAAUUUCUCAACAAAACAUAGUAGUGUGACAGACCUCCUCCGUAUGACUAGGCUCACGAGCCUUGGUGUUCAGUUAACUAGCGAGUGUACUACUGAAACUCUAUUGUCAUCUCUCUCUGAAUUAAAAAAUCUGGAGACUUUUGGUUUAAUUGAUUCCGGCAUAUCUGGUGUGGUUUAUCAAGGGGCCGACUUCGUUCUGGAUUUCAUUCAUCUAAAGGAAUUAAUGUUGGCCAUACAUAUGCCAAGGUUUCCUGAUGAAUACCGAUUCCCGCCCAACCUUGCACGCAUAGCUCUACGUUAUUGCAGGAUGGAGGAGGAUCCAAUGCCAAUUCUGGAAAAGUUGCUUCAUUUAAGGACGUUUGUUUUGUCAUCGCAUGGUUUUGUCGGGAGGAAAAUGGUGUGCUCAAAAGGUGGAUUUCCCCAGUUAUGUUAUCUAGAAAUAUCCAAGCAUGAAGAGUUGGAAGAGUGGAUCGUAGAAGAAGGGUCAAUGCCAUGUCUUCGUAAGUUGAUUAUAUGUGACUGCAAAAAGCUGAAGGAGCUGCCGGAUGGGCUGAAGUAUAUAACUUCCUUUAAGGAACUGGAAAUUAAAGAAAUGAACAGGGAGUGGACCAAGAAAUUGGUACCAGGUGGAGAACAUUACUACAAAGUUCAGCACAUUCCUAGUGUUCAAUUUUUCAACUGUAACGACGAUGAAGAUGAAGAUGACGACGAUGAAUAA